GGCUCCAGGCUGGCCUAAGACUGGAGCUUCAGGGAUCAGUGGCCCCCAGGGGAGGCCCAUGCAGCCCCUGCUGUGUCGCUGGCUUCCUCUCCACACGCCUCUUGUUCCGGGGCUGACUGCGUCCUGUCUGUGAUCCAGGCCCUUCAAACUGGUUUGAGGUCAAGAGUGAGCUGGGGAACGAGAGGCCCGUUACAGCCUCUGGCUCAGGAAGAGCCUCCUUGGUCACUUGCGACUGCUGCCGCCUUCUGACAUUCCAAGACUCGCCACUCACCUCCCCCCACAUAAAAAGAGUGCCUUAGGAUCUCCCAAUGGGGCGGCUCGGCUCUGGGCUCACGUUCCCCGUGAGCUGCCUGGUCCUGGCGUGGGCGGCAGGCUCCGGGAGUGUGCAGGUUCUGCAUCGGCCCACCUGCUUCUCCGACUACAUCAGCACCUUCACCUGCGAGUGGAGGGUGGACAGCCCCACCAACUGCAGUGCUGAGCUCCGCCUCACCUACCAGCUGGAUUUCCUGAACUCUGAAAACCACGCGUGCGUCCCCGAGAACAGAGAAAGCACAGUGUGCCUGUGCGAUGUGCUGAUGGACGACGUGGUCAGUGUGGACACCUAUCAGCUGGGCCUGUGGGCUGGGAAGCAGCUGCUCUGGAAUGGCUCCUUCCAGCCCAGCGAGCAUGUGAAGCCCAGGGCCCCCGUGAACCUCACAGUGGACGCCGACGACUCCCACUCGUGGUGGCUGCGCUGGGGCAACCCGUACCCUCCUGAGAGUUUCCUGCACGCCGAGCUCUCCUACCAGGUCAGCGUUUCAGAUGAAGACGACCCGGCGUCGUGCACAGUCCAUGACGUGACCUACAGGGAGCCCACCCUCCGCCUCCCAGCCAGCACCCUAAAGCCUGGGGCUUCCUACCGCGCGCGGGUGAGGGCCUGGGCUCAGAGCUACAACAGCACGUGGAGUGAGUGGAGCCCCGGCGUCACGUGGCUUAACCACCACACAGGGUCCUGGGAGCAGCACCUCCAGCUUGGCGUUGCCGUCGCCUGCAUGGUCAUUCUGGUCGUCUGUGUGUCCUGCUAUUGCAGCAUCAUCAAGAUUAAGGAGUGGUGGGACCAAAUCCCCAGCCCAGCCCUCAGCCCCCUCGUGGCCGCUGGCAUCCAGGAGCCUCAGGUGUCACUGUGGGAGAAGAGGCCCGGAGGCCAGGAACCAGCCAAGCGCCCGCACUGGAAGACUUGCCUUACUAAGCUCCUGCCCUGUUUGCUGGAGCAUGACACGGAAAGGGGUGACAGUUCCUCCAAGGCUGCCAGAAAGGGGCCUUCCCAGGGGCCUGGGAAACCACCGUGGUGUCCUGGGGCGGUCAGCACGAGGAUCCUCUCGCCAGAGAGCGUCAGCGUGGUGAAGUGUGUGGAGCUGCUAGAGGCCCAGGUGGAGAGUGAGGAGGAAGAGGAAGUGGAGCAGGAGAAAGGGAGCUUCUGCCCGUCCCCUGAGAGCGGCGGGGGCAGCUUCCAGGACAGCAGGGAGGGCAUCGCAGCCCGGCUGACAGAGAGCCUGUUCCUGGACCUUCUCGGGGCUGAGAAUGGGGGAUUUUGCCCGCAGGGCCUGGGGGAGUCCUGCCUUCCUGCACCUUCAGAAGGUGGGAGUGCUCAGAUGCCUGGGGCUGAGUUACCAAGGGAGGAGCCUUUCAGCCCGGAGUCGGCCCCUCUGACCCAGAGCCCCGCCUGCCUGGCUUUCCCAGAGAUGCCCUCUGUCGCUGUUGUCGUCGUCGCCGACAACCCCUUUUACCGCAGCUUCAGCGACUUCCUGAGCCAGUCCUCAGGUGCAGGAGAGCUUGCCUCAGACACACAGCUGUCCGAACGCCUGGGGGGAGGGGACCCCAACAUCCUCUCUGCUCCCCAGCCCUCUGAGCCACCCGCUGCACUCCAGCCUGAGCCAGAAACCUGGGAGCAGGUGCUCCGCCAGAGCGUCCUGCAGCACAGGGCAACCGCAGCCCCCGCCGUGGCCGCCCCCAGCGGCUAUCGGGAGUUUGUGUGCGCGGUGAAGCAGGGCAGCGCCCUGGGCGGUGGGUCGUCGGGCUGCAGCCCUUCCGGAGCAGCUGGGUACAAGGCCUUCUCCAGCCUGCUCACCAGCGGUGCCACCUGCCCAGGCACACCUGGGGUUGAGGCCAGCAGCGGGGAGGGGUGCUACAGGCCCUGCCAGAGCCUCACUGCUGGCCCCCCUGGGGUUCCUGCCCCUGACCCCCUGUUCACCUUUGGACUGGACAUGGAGCCGCCUCACAGCUCUCAGGACUCACUCCUCCCAAGCAGCUGCCCCAACGGCCCCUGUGUGGAGCCAGUGGCAAAGGGGGAGGACCACCAGAAGCCCCUGCUCUCCCUGGAGCUGACCACAGACCCCCUGGGGGACGACCUGGGCAGCGGCAUUGUCUACUCAGCCCUCACCUGCCACCUGUGCGGCCACCUGAAGCGGUGUGACAGCCAGGAGGAGCACGGCCAGGCCCAGGUUGUGUCCAGCCCCUGCUGUGGCUGCCAUUGUGGAGACAGGUCCGAGCCCCCAGUGAGCCCUCUGAGGGACCCAGACCCCCUGCCAGGUGGGGUUCCCCCGGAGGGCAAGCCCUCCCUGUUCUUCCAGCCUGGCCCUGGCAAGGCUCAGAGCCCGAGCCAGAGCCCCCAAGUUGUGGUCGUGCCCCCUGCAGGGCCCACGUGCACGAGUGCAUCCUAGGUGCGGCCCCCUGGUUGCUCUGAGUGCCUUGCCUGCGCCUGCGGACGCCUCCCCGCAAGGCAGCCCCGCUGGCAGGUUGCCAAGACUUGGAGGCGCUGUUGCCACCUCUUUGGUCCACAGCUUCUCCAGCAUAGUGUCCCCAUCUUGCCCGCCCAAGGCAUGUUUUGUCCAUCUAGGCCCUCACUGCCCGUGUCUUGCCCAGUCCUGGGACCAGCUGCUGCCAUGUCACUGGCUUGGACACUGAGCCUAGAAAGUAACCCCGCCAGCAGGGGAGGCCUUGGGAGGCCUGGGAAAGAGAUGGGAAAGUGAGUCCCUGGGAGGGUGGUUAUUUGCCCAGAGGUGCCCAUUCAUUCAACAGAGCUUCAUUAGGUUGACGCUGGAGGCAGGAUCUGGGCCGUGGGGGCUGCUUAGUCAAGGGGGGUGACAGGCCCACAAAAGAGGGUGAUUACCAAGCGGUGAGUUUGCUGUCAGCCCUGCACAGCUGUAAGCCUGGGGGCUCCUGUUAAGUGUGGGGUCCCCAGAAUAAACACCCAGCUCCCUUGGGGCCGGUGUGUGCCCCCAUGGACACGGUUGCUGGCAGCCACGAGGCUAGAGGGAGAGCCUCACGCCUGUGACCCGGCUGAGCUGGGCAUUCCAGGCGCCGACACUGGGCACGUUCAGCCUGCACGUUGGCCCAGACCUGAGCUUCAGUGGCACUUGUGUGUGCGCAUCUCAGAGCUUGUUGAAACCCGGGUUUGUAUUCGCUG